AGCAGAAGCCAUUUUAUUUCCGUUCCUCUUCCGGCGAGGUCUUGGCCCGUGGCCGCGGCCGCGGGUGAAUGUGGAUUUCUGCCCAGGGGUUAGAAUGCCAGUAGCUGGGAGGCAGCCGCAAGGGCUCCGGCAGUGUGGACAGCGCGGCAUUCCUGGUCCCCAGAGCUGGCAGCCGCAGCAGGAGUGACGGGCGCUUCCUGGUGGGAGUUUCCCUUCCUGGCUUCGUGAAAAAUUCCCAGCAAGAGCGGUGGGGCAGUGGGGACCCCAGCAGCCUCCGCGAGAGAGCCCGCGCUGGCUCUGGAUGGCGCCGGUUCUGGGUUUUUUCCCGGUCAUUAGGGUGAUAGUGGCCUCCUGCGGUUACUAAGCUCAGGAGGGAGAAUCCAGUCCAUUUUGGAUGUAUGUGGAAGGCAUUAUUCUGACAAUCAUUAAAAUGGAAGACAUGGGCUCAUUUCAAAGUUAUGCAGAGGAAACACUGGAGUUGGGAUUGAUUGCUCCUGAAUCCUAUGCAGCAGUUGCAGGAUGCAGAUCUUCAUGGGCUGCUGUGAAAAUGUCUCCAAGAUAAGCUGCCAAGUGAACGGAGAGCAUCUUAACAUUUGUGUACCACUCCCAGCCUCAUCCAUGCAAUGAAGCAUUCAUAUACCAGGGCCUUCAAAAAAUUCAUGCAAACGCAGGCUAACUUUGUGGAAAGAAAACCCAGUAAAUUGUCAGAACCGAUACAAGCUAAAAACACAGGGCUCCCAAAACUCCAAAUCUGGAAGGGCCGAAACGACAGCCGCUGCUCACGCAGGAGAGCACCGGUCAUUCUGAGAGACCGACUCAUCCCUGGAAUCAGUGCCACGAACCGGCGGUUACUGCUGGGGAUGUGCCAUAUUGCUCACGUGUUUGAGGAGGCCGCCACUGUGAGGUCCAUCAGAUGAUUGGGAACUACAUGUGGGACCCCAGCACCAACAAGUCAUUUGACAUUGGAGUCAACAGAGACAGCCUGAUGCCCCUCUGGUGGAAUGGCUCGGAACCUCUGUGGGUCACCCUGACCAAAGCCAAAAGGAAGGUCUACAUGUACUACUGGCCAGGCUGUGAGGUUGAGAUUCUGGGUGUCAGACCUACUUACUGCCUAGAAUAUAAGAAUGUCCCAACAGAUAUCAACUUUGCCAAUGCAGUCAGUGAUGCUCUUGACUCAUUCAAGAGCGGGCGGGCCGACCUGGCGGCCAUCUACCACGAGCGCAUUGAUGUGGAAGGCCACCACUAUGGCCCUUCCUCCGCUCAGAGGAAAGACGCACUCAAGGCUGUGGACACCGUCCUGAAGUACAUGACCCAGUGGAUGCAGGAGCGGGACCUGCAGGAUGACCUGAACGUCAUCAUCUUCUCGGACCACGGCAUGACAGACAUCUUCUGGAUGGACAAAGUGAUCGAGCUGAAUCAGUACAUCAGCCUGGGUGACCUGCAGCAAGUGAAGGACCGCGGCCCCGUCGUGAGCCUGUGGCCCGCCCCUGGGAAGCACUCUGAGGUGUAUAACAAACUGAGCCGAGUGGAACACAUGACCGUGUACGAGAAGGAAGCCAUACCAAGCAGGUUCUAUUACAAAAAAGGGAGAUUCGUCUCUCCCUUGACCUUGGUGGCCGAUGAAGGGUGGUUCAUAACCGAGAGUCGAGAGAUGCUUCCGUUUUGGAUGAACAGCACGGGCAAGAGGGAAGGUUGGCAGCGUGGAUGGCACGGCUACGACAAUGAGCUCAUGGACAUGAGAGGCAUCUUCCUGGCCUUUGGACCUGACUUCAAAUCCAACUUCCGAGCCGCACCAAUCAGAUCGGUGGAUGUCUACAACGUCAUGUGCAAUGUGGCGGGCAUCACCCCGCUGCCCAAUAAUGGGUCCUGGUCCAGGGUGGUGUGCAUGCUGAAGGGCCAGGCCGGCUCAGCCUCGGCUGUCCAGCUGAGCAGCUCUGCACUGGCCUUGAUGCUCCUCUUACUGUUCGCAUCUUAACUGUUCACGUUGCUGGUCCCAACACUGCCAACAAGUGUGUCUCCAAUGUGGAAUGAUGUUCAUGUGAAUAAUUGCUUCAUUAACACAAUCAAGGCUAUAUAAGUAUAUUAUUCUUGGAUGAUUCUACACAUAGAAGUCCCUACUUCUUAAAGGCAGAUCCAACCAUUGUUUUCCUGAAGGUAGGAAAAGCAGAGUUCUUCAUGUAUUCAGUUAAAUGAGGAAUCUUCCAAAAGUUUAUGGAAAAUGUGUGCUAUGAAAAACCACGCAUGGAUUUCAAAAUGGUUUCCGCCAAAAUAAAUUUGUCUUGUACUUCCA